CAGCCAGAGAGGAGCCAGAACUAUGGCAGGGAAGCCCUUCAAGAGGUCCUCUGUCCCUGGGGUGAGCAUCCGGCAGCUGGUGGAGGAGGUCCCCAAAGGAUGCAGCCUGCCCAACUUCGAGCAGAAGCCCAUCACCUUGGCGCUGCAGGAGGGGAAAAAUGCCAUCUUCCGGGCCGUGGUCUGUGGGGAUCCCAGACCUGAGGUGCAUUGGCAGUGCAGCAAAGGUACCCUCAGUCACUCCAGCAAGUACCAGAUCUCUUCCACCCCUGGCGGCAAGGAGCACGUGCUACAGAUCAACAAGCUGACGGGUGAGGACAUGGACGUGUACCGCUGUACCGCAGUGAACGCGUACGGAGAGGCCAUGUGCUCCGCCAGGCUCACCGUCAUCGAAGUUGGCUUUCGGAAGACUCGGAAGAGGCAAAACGAGCCCCAGACGGACCUCAGGAAGGAGCUGGUGGACUUCCGGAAGUUACUGAAGAGGGCCACACCUCCCGCCCCGGAGAAAAAGGUGGACAUGGAGCAGGUGUGGCAGCUGCUGAUGACGGCCGACCGGAAGGACUACGAGCGGAUCUGCCUGAAGUACGGCAUCGUGGACUUCCGGGGCAUGCUGCACAAGCUGCAGGAGAUGCGGAAGGAGCGGGAGGUCAAGAUGGCACAGUACGUCAACGUCCUCUCCAACUUGAGACACAUCAAGGUCACCAAGGACGGGAUGGCAUCAUUUCACCUGGAGCUGGAUCUCAAGGAUUUGGGGAGCAAGAUCUACCUGUAUAAGGAUGGCGAGAUGGUCCCCUACGGCUUCGACAACCAGACCAAGCACUGUCUGCGGCGUCUAGGGAAGCGUUACCACUUCCAGAUCCAGGACCUGCGGCCUGAGGAUGCUGGCAUUUACCAGGUCAAGGUGGAGGAUGCCGAAAUCUUCUCCACGGAACUGGAGGUUGGCGCCAUCCCCCCCCGAGUGGUGGUCCCACUGACCGAGGUCCGCUGUGAGGAGCACGGUGAUGCUGUCUUCGAGUGCGUUCUCUCCAGCCCCUGCCCUGACGCUGCCUGGAGUUUCCAGCACCGGCCGCUCCGGCCCAGCAGCAAAUAUGAAGUGUCUGUGUCCCCUGAUGGCCUGACCCACCGGCUGGUGGUGAGGGGGGCCCGUUUCGCAGACAUGGGCCUCUUCUCGCUGGGCACCGGGCUCCAUGCCUCCAGCGCCUGGCUGGUGGUUGAAGCUGGGAAGGAUAAAGGCCUGACCACAAGUGCUGACCACCAGCUGCAGGCACAAGGAGCCCAGACCUCAGAAGCAGAAGAUUCCUGGAGCCCCAGCAGCGAGGGAGGGACGCCCAGGGAGCAGGGCCCCGGGGGGGACUCCCUCGAGGGGGCUAGGCUGGCUUCUGGGCUCCAGCUCACAGCCGGCCCAGACAGAGGUGGCCUUGAUGGGCAUGACUACUCCUCGAUGGGGGACAAGGGGGCAGCUGACUCAACCUGGGGCCCUGGGAAAGCAAAGGGCUUUCUGGAAGCAGAGGGAGGCAGAGUCACUCCUGGGGAAACUCAGCUGCAUGGAGAGGGAGGCUGGGACAGAAGCCUUCCAGGGAGGCCCCAGCUGUGGGGAAAGGGCCUAGAAUCAGGGCUGGACCUCACGGAAGGUCAACCACAGGGUCGUGGCAGAGACAGUGAUGGAGGCAGCGGGCCCGCAGGAGGCUGGAGGGCUGGGUCCCGGAGUCCUCAGGCUGGAGGACUGGGGAGCAGCGGAGAAGGAAAGGAACACAGAGAGGAUGAUGGGAGCCCACUGGACAGGCACAGCCAGGAACUCCUCCAGGGCGGUCAGGGGGGACCUGCGAUAGGAAAGAGGGCCCUGCGGGGAUCCCAGUCUGGUCCCGUGGGGUCUUGGUCAGAAGGGGAAGUGACGGAGAUUUCGCAGGGAGAGAGCCUGGGUGAGGUGGAGAGAGGGGAGGAUCCAAGCAGGGAAAGGGGGAGAGGAGCAGCAAGGGCGGUGUGGGGUAGUGGGGCAGGCCUGGGGGGAGCUGGAGACAGCAGUGGGGCAGGAGGUCCUGGCGCCCUGGGGUCCCCUGGGGAAAGAGGUUCUAGCUCCAAGGCAGGCAGGGGCCCUGAGUCUGGGGGCUCUUGGGGAGGUAGCGCUGCUGACCAUGGGGAAACAAGGGGUUUCUGGGGGUCAGGGGAGUCACCAGGACAGACAUCUGCAGGCAAGGACUUCCAGGAAUUUUCUGGCGGCAGAAAAUUCCCCCUGGGACAUGGGAGUCCUGAGGCCAAAGGUGAGGGUUCCCUGCAGGAGGCAGAGGCUGGAGGCCCAGGGGGAUCUGUGGGAAGGUGCUACAGAACCAGCCCUGGAGGCCCAGGAGGUCCUGGGGGCUGGGAAAGGGGCCCACAGGGGCUCAGGGGAAGGGAGGGCCAGGAGAGUGUGGGGGCCUUGGGCGAGGCAGGCGAUGGUUCCGGAAGCCUCCAGUAUUCCCAAGGCCAGACAGCAGGUCAGAGCGGAACAGGGAGGGCCGGCAGAAUAGAGUCUGAGAGAACAGGUCCUUGGGAUGACAGCAAAACUGGGGCCCACCACCAGUCUGGAGUGCUGGGGCCUGGUGGGAAGAAUGGGGGUGUGGGUGGUGCCCAAGUGGCUGGGCUGAUGGGGUCUGGUCAGGGGGUUGAUGCCAGAAGCCACAGGCUAGUUGGAUCUCCAGGCCUGGGUGCUCAGGGGUCUGGGGGGACACUGGGAGACAUGGAUGGAUUAAGAGGUCCAGGAGCAAUAGGGUCUGAAGCAGAUUUCUGGAAUGGCUCAUGGGGCCCUAGAGGAAAAGGACCCAGAGGUGAGAUGGGCUACAAGAAUGGCUCAGGAGGUCCAGGGGGAAUGGAGUCUAGGUAUGGUGAUGGCUUAGGGUAUUCUAGGGGACUAGGUCCCGAAAAUGGGGCUGGUUGCCGUGAUGGCUCAGGGGGGCCAGGAGAAGUGGGAUCUGGUCGGGGUGCUGGUUAUAGAGUCUCCUCUGGGGCACCUGGGGGAACAGAGUCUGAGGAAGCGGUGCAUGGGGGAAUGUGGUCUGGAGACACAGAAGGUUAUGGUCCUGCAAGAAGGGGGUCUGGGAGACUUGCUGGUCUCAAGAGUGGCUCAAGUGGCCCUGAUGGAGCUGGGAUGGAUCUAGAGGCCAGGGAUGCCUCCAGAGGCCAGGGGGACAUUGGCCCUGGGGGAAGGCAUCGUUCCGAUGGUGGCCUGGGGAGUCCUGGGACAGCGGGGUCUGUGGGUAAAGGUGGCCUCGGGCCCUCUGCAACAGUGGAGACUGUUGGGGAGGGACAAGUGGGAGCUGAACCAGGGGGUUCUGGAAGAGUAAGGCCUUGGAGUCAGACGGGAGAUUAUGGGGGCUUCAGAGCCUCAGGGGCUCCGGGGACCUUUGGAGAAGGAGGCCAUGAAGAUGGCUCUGGGGGUCUAGGAGCCAUGGAGCCAGGGUCUCUGAGGGCAGGGGGCAAAGUGAGUGAUGGGGUUGGGACCAGGGGCCGUGGUGCGGGUGCCUCUGGAGCUGGAGCCGGUUAUUGGGACAAUGCCAGGCGCCCCGAGGCGCUAGCUCCUCACACUGGGGCCGGUUCCGAGAACCAGUGUGUUUAUGGGUCUGGCGAUACACUGGGUUAUGGGGAUGGAUCAGGAAUUCCAGGACCUCAGGAAACUGGAGGCAGAACAGCUUAUGGAGGAGGGUCAAGAGGUCUUGCGCCUGGAGGGAUGGGGCCAGGGGUUGAGGCGGGCUUUAGAGAUGGUGCAGGGGGCCUUGGAGGAAUGGGGUCAGAGGCCAAGGCAGGUUAUAGGAAUGGUAUUGGGGGUUCUGGGGAAAUGGGGUCAGUAGAUGAGGCAGAUUAUAGGAAAGAUUUGGGGGAUUCUGAGGGCACGGGUUCAGGGGGUGAGGCAGGUUAUAGAGAUGGUUUAGGGGGUGCUAGGGGAAUGGGGUCAGGGGAUGAGGCAGGUUAUAGGGAUGGUUUAGGGGGUGCUAGGGGAAUGGGGUCAGGGGGUGAGGCAGGUUACAAGGAUGGUUUAGGGAGUACUAAGGGACUGGGAUCAGGGGGUGAGGCAGGUUAUAAGGAUGGUUUAGGGGGUGCUGGGGGAAUGGGGUUAGGGAGUGAGGCAGAUUAUAAGGAUGGUUUAGGGGGCACUAAGGGACUGGGAUCAGGGGGUGAGGCAGGUUAUAGGGAUGGUUUAGGGGGUGCUCGGGGAAUGGGGUCAGGGGGUGAGGCAGGUUAUAAGGAUGGUUUAGGGGGCACUAAAGGACUGGGAUCAGGGGGUGAGGCAGGUUAUAGGGAUGGUUUAGGAGGUAUUGGGGGGAUGGGGUCAGGGGGUGAGUCAGAUUAUGAGGAUGGUUUAGGGGGUACUAAGGGAGGAGUGGGAUCAGGGGGUGAGGUGGGUUAUAGGGAUGGUUUAGGGGGUGCUAGGGGAACGGGGUCAGGGCGUAAGGCAGGUUAUAGGGAUGCUUUAGGGGGUACUGGGGGAGUGGGAUCUGGGGGUGAGGCAGGUUAUAGGGAUGGUUUAGGGGGUGCUGGGGUGAUGGGGUCAGGGGGUGAAGCAGCUUACAGGGGUGGUUUAGAGGGUACUGGGGGGAUGGGGUCAGGGAGUGAAGCAGGUUUUAGGGGAGGCUCCAGAGGAUCUGGGGAAAUGGGGCCAGAGAGUGAGAUGGGCUACAGAGAUGGCUCAGGGGGGGUUGGAGUAACAGGCUCAAAGCCUGGAGGGGCAUAUGAGGGUGGUCCCAGAGGCCAAGAGGCCAUAGGCUGCAGGUCAGGAUCUUGGGCAGCAUCAGAGGGGUCUGACGGUGGCACAAGCUCCAAGGAUGGUGCAGACAGGGGCCGGGGAAUGGGGCCUGUGGAUGGGGCACAUCCUGGGGUGGGCUCUGCAGGAAUGCUUGGUACUGCAGACAGCCCAGGACACAGGGACAGCCCCAGGGGCCCAGGGCUGCUAGGGACUCACGGAGGGCCACGGAUCCUUCCAGAUGGGCAGGGCUCCAAGGGUGGUCUUGGGGGCUCUGGGACCCCAGGGUCUCCUGGGGCCAGAGAAGUUCCCGGUAGGAAGGGCAGCUCUGCAGACCAAGCAGGGGGUGUGGGGACUUCUGGGUGUCUUGAUGGUCAGGGAGCAGUGGAGGGUGAUGCCUGGGCAGGGACAGCUGCUCCGGACUCUGGACACAAACGGGACUUCUGGAAAGCAGGCCCAGGGACAGCAGACAGGGGUAGAGCUGCUGGCUCAGGGGCAUUGGCCCCUCAGGGAGCUGGGGAUGCACUGCUGGGGGGCAGGAGGAUGGGAGCAGGGUUGGGGAGAUCAGCAGGCGCAGGCCAGGUGCUGGACGGCAGCGGGAUGCCCGGGGAAAUGGGCAAAUCAAGGCUGGGGUCUGCUGAUGCGGGAGGGGGGAGCCGUGCUUGGGCCCCAGGCUGGGAAGACCAGGGGUUUGGCCAAGACAGCAUUGGUGCUGGGAAGCAGCCCCCAGGCUCCAGGGCUCCCAGUGCUCUGCAGGAGAAAGAUGCCACUUUCAGUGGGGCCCAUGAAGGGUCAGAGGCCUCCAGGGGUGGGGAAGGGGCUCCAGGCCAAGAAGAGGCUGGUGGAUGGCGAGGCUCACGGGGUCUGGACAGCAAAAGUUCAGGCGCUGGAAGAGGCUGGUCCAGUGGCCCAGGGGACGCAGGUGUCCUGGAUAAAGAGACUUCCAGUUACAGGGAGAAUGGCUUCACCCCAAAACCUGGGGAUGCAGGACCUCAGGGAGCCUGGAAUGGCCUAGAUGGUCCCUUUGGCAGAAAAGACUCUGGAGACAGAUCAGAGGGUGUCCAGGGCAUGGAUGCUCAGCCAGGCAAAGGGCUGAGAGGAGGAAGGGGAUCCCUGGGGGGUCAGGGGUCCCUGGAGGCUGAGACUGACAAGGCCCAAGGUCCAGGUGCCCUAAAGGAGUAUGAGGGGUGGGGAGCAGAGGAGUCCAGCAGGUCAGACGGGAGGCCUGGUGCACGCAGGGGCAGGGCUCAAGCACAGUCAGGGGCCGAGUUUGGAGACUCAAAGAGAGGAGGAGCGGAUGAGGCCAGAGGCCUGGGGCGGCUGCCUGGAGAGUGGGGCAGAAGGGGCCUGGGGGAGGCUCUGCAUCAGGACUGGAGCCAGGACCCCCCAAGUCAUCCUGGCAGCAGGAGAGGCGGCAGAGAGGCCGGGUUGGACGCCAAAGGCCAGGCGCAGGAUGCCACCCAGAGUCCCAGAUCCAGAUACAAGCCUGGCACUGGCCGUUUCUCCGAGGAAGCCCGAGGCCCCAUGGGCCACUUCUCCCAGGGCCUGGUGGACACGGAAGCGCAGCAGGGGGAGGACGCCAUGCUGUCUUGCACCCUCACCCGCGACCUGGGACCUGGGACCUGGCUUAAGGAUGGGGUCAAGCUCGGCACCCGGGAUGGAGUCGUCUUUGAGCAAGACGGUCUCGUGCACAGGCUCCUCAUUGCCCAUGUGCAGGGCACCCAGGCCGGGCGGUACACCUUUGUCGCCGGCAGCCAGCAGAGCGAGGCCAUGCUGACUGUCCACGAGCCCCCUGUUAUCGCUCCCGAUGUGGCAGAGAAACUGAGAGAGCCACUGGUGGUCAAGGCUGGGAAGCCGGUGACAGUGAAGAUCCCCUUCCAGAGCCGCCUCCCCGUCCAGGCUGCCUGGAGGAAGGAUGGGGCGGAGCUGGGGGGCGGCAGCAGCGGGGGUGCCCAGGUGACCCUGGGGGACGACUUCACGCGGCUGUGCCUCCCCAGUGCCAGCAGGAAGGACCGCGGCCAGUACAGCGUGACGCUGAGGAGUGAGGGAGGCUCCGUGCAGGCUGGGCUCACCCUGCAAGUCUUAGACAAGCCCCAGCCCCCACAGGGGCCCCUGGAGGUGCAGGAUUGCCAGGGGGCUGGUGUCUGCCUCCACUGGCGACCCCCGCGGGAUGACGGGGGCCGGGCUGUGGAGCACUACAUGGUGGAGAGGCGGCAGGCCGGCAGGAGCACGUGGCUGAAGGUGGGCGAGCCCCCUGCGGACAGCACCAACUUCACCGAUGCCCACGUGGAGCGGGGCAAGAAGUACGCCUUCCGCGUGCGGGCCGUGACCUCCGAGGGGGCUGGGGAGGCCCUGGAGUCUGCGGAGGUGUUGGUGGCUCCUGAGGCUCUGCCCGGGCCACCUUCCACCCCAGCCAUCGUGUCAGCCUCCAGGCAGGCCAUUACACUGACGUGGACAGCGCCUCGGGGCCCUGGCAGUGCCCACAUCCUGGGCUACCUGAUUGAGAAGCGCAAGAAGGGGAGUCACACCUGGACAGCAGCAAACGACCAGCCCGUGCCUGAGAGGAAGUGGACUGUGGUGGACUUGCGGCAGGGCUGUCAGUAUGAGUUCCGGGUCACGGCCGUGGCUCCCUCUGGCCCUGGAGAGCCUGGGCCCCCGUCGGAUGCCGUCUUUGCUCGGGACCCCAUGAGACCUCCAGGGCCCGUGCGGGACCUCCGAGUCACAGACACGUCGCACACCAGCAUCACGGUGAGCUGGGCCCGGCCGGACGCUCAGGAGGGGGAUGAAGCCCAGGGGUACGUGGUGGAGCUAUGCGGCUCGGACAGCCUCCAGUGGGCCCCGUGCCAUUUGGGCACCGUGCCAGGCACCAACUACACAGCCAAGGGGCUCCGGCCCCGAGAGGGCUACUUUGUGAGGGUGACAGCGGUUAACGACGGGGGCCGCAGCCAGCCCACCACCCUGGAUACGUUGGUGCAAGCUGUGCCCUUUACUGUCUGUCCCAAGUUCCUCCUGGACUCCAGCAUGAAGGACUCGCUGGUGGUCAGAGCUGGGGACACCAUUCGUGUUCCUGUCUCCUUCGAAGCUGCCCCCAUGCCCGAGGUGACCUGGCUCAAGGAUGGCUCGCCGUUGCCUAGAAGAAGUGUGACCUCCACCAAGGACGGCCUCACCCAGCUUCUGGUUCCUACGGCCAGCCCCUCAGACAGCGGCGUCUACACCGUGGUGCUGAGGGGCCUGCAGGGGAAGGAGGCCACCUACAGCUUCCACCUGCGGGUGGCAGCGUGCCCGCGGGCGCCCGGGCCCAUCCGCCUGCAGGAGAACGUGCUGGGGACGGUGACGGCCGUGUGGGAGCCCUCUCCGGAUGAGGCGGGGGACACCCCACUGCACUACGCGGUGCUGAUGCGCUGCUCGGGGCUCGGGCCCUGGCGCCCUGUGGCCGACGGCCUGCACACCAACCACUACACUCUCCUGGGCAUCCUCCCCGGCCUCGAGUACCACUUCCGGGUGGUGGCCAAGAGCGAGCUGGGCACCAGCCAGCCCUCGGACACCAGCGAGCCCUGGUGCGUCCCCCGGCAUCGAGACACGUUCGCAGUGAAGACCCCAAGGUUCCGGGAGCCCGACCUGCGCCAGAAGCCCCGCUUCCUGGUGGGGCUGCGGGCCCACCUGCUGCCGCCCGGCUUCGAGUGCUGCAUGAGCUGUGCCGUGCAGGGCUGUCCCCGGCCCCAUGUCACCUGGUUCAAGGAUGACCAGAGCCUGGAGGGAAACCCCGCCGUGUACAGCACUGACGUGCAGGGCGUGUGCUCCCUGGUCAUCCCCAGCGUCUCCCCCAAGGACAGCGGACGCUACAAGGCGGUGGCUGAGAACGCGCUGGGCCAGGCUGUGAGCACCGGCACCCUCAUCGUCACAGAAUCCAGCCCAUAGCCCUGCCUCGCCCGGGAUGGCCCUGCUGGACCCCACAGCCAUGGAACGAUGACAGAUCCCCGAAGCUUCACUCUUGACACCCACACUGGCCCGAGGAGCCAGUCCCGAACGAUGGAGGACACUGGUGGUGCCCGGAGCCCCA